UUGCGUCAUCUCGCUCUCGGGACGAGAAGACUACCCAUUACGCUAACACCGCCGGUAGAUUACCAUGGAGGAGCUCCAGUUGGUCGAGCACGUCGUGCGCAAAGACCCAAAGGUCAUUGAGCAGUGCGUCAUCAGCGGCAUUGCGCCCGAGGACAUGCAUAAGGUGUACUGCGACCCCUGGACCAUUGGGUAUGACGAGCGGUUUGGCAGCUCGGUGCGCCUGCAGCAGGCCCUCAUGUACUACCGCCCAGACGUCGACAACUGCCAGUACCAGUACCCGCUGGACUUCUGCCCCAUCUACGAUGCCGACAGGGGCGAGAUCAUUGCCAUCGACAUCCCCAAUGUCCGCCGCCCGCUGAGCAAGGCGCCACCGAUGGACUACCAUCCAGCCGCGAUAGAGAAAAGGGGCGGCUACCGCACCGACCUGAAGCCCAUCAACAUCACUCAGCCCGAUGGCGUGUCUUUCAAGGCGACCGGGCGGGAGAUUGAGUGGCAGAACUGGAAGUUCCACGUCGGAUUCAACUACAGGGAAGGCAUCGUGCUCAACAACAUCACCAUCAACGACAAGGGCACCGUCCGACCCAUCUUUUACAGGCUCUCGCUGGCCGAGAUGGUCGUGCCGUACGGAAACCCGGAGCACCCCCAUCAUCGCAAGCACGCGCUCGACCAGGGCGAGUACGGCGCAGGGUACAUGACCAACAGCCUGUCGCUCGGCUGCGACUGCAAGGGCGCGAUCCACUACCUGGAUGCGCACUUCCCUACCCGGACCGGCGGCCUGCGCACCAUCAAGAACGCCAUCUGCAUCCACGAAGAGGACGCCGGCAUCCUGUUCAAGCACACCGACUUCCGCGACGAGUCGGUCAUCGUGACGCGCGCGCGCAAGCUCGUCAUCCAGCACAUCUUCACGGCCGCCAACUACGAGUAUAUCGUCGCCUGGAUCUUCCACCAGGACGGCACCAUCCAGCUCGAGGUCAAGCUGACGGGCAUCCUCAACACCUACGCCAUGGACCCGGACGAGGACACGCUCGGCUGGGGCACGCAGGUGUACCCGGGCGUCAACGCGCACAACCACCAGCACCUCUUCUGCCUGCGCAUCGACGCCAACGUCGACGGGCCCAACAACACCGUGUUUGUGUCCGACGCGGUGCCGAGCGACGCGCCCGUCGGCAGCCCGGAGAACCCGUACGGCAACGCCUUCUACAACCGGCGCACCAAGCUGGCGACCGCGGCCGCGGCCGCGACCGACUACAACGGGGCGACGUCGCGCACGUGGGAGAUCGCAAACACGAACAAGCUGAACCCGUUCAGUGGCAAGCCCGUCAGCUACAAGUUGGUCAGCCGCGAGGUGCCGCGGCUGCUGCCCAAGGAGGGCUCGCUGGUGUGGAAGCGGGCUCCCUUCACGCGGCACGCAGUGCACGUCACGCCGUGUAUGUCGGCCUCCGUAGUCCCUCCUGGUCUGCAGAUCCUUGUGCCCCGACUGACGUGUACACAGACAAGGACGACCAGCUCUACCCGGCAGGCAAACACGUCCCCCAAACCUCGGGCACCACCCCGGUCGGCCUCGCCGCCUGGCUCUCCCUCACGAGCACAGACACAGACACCGGCACCACCGCCGCAGACGACAUCAGCGUCGAAAACACAGACAUCGUCCUCUGGCACACCUUCGGCCUGACCCACUUCCCCGCGCCCGAGGACUUCCCCGUCAUGCCGGCCGAGCCGGCCACGCUGCUGCUGCGGCCGCGCCACUUCUUCGCGGGCAACCCGGCGCUGG